CAAUAACCCAACCAAAAAUCCUACUACACUCUAAAAAGACCAGCAGGAUAUGUGAGGACGGCCGUGCAUGCCACUGCCAUGACUCCCUAAGUUCCUCUUCUCCGAACUCUUCCUUACCGACUUCUUAUCAUCUGUCUGUCACCACCCAUCCAUCCCGGCAGAACAAGCCCAUCAGGAAGCCACUACCUGAGGCUGAGGCCGAGUUGCUCAAGUUGACUUUGAACUCCUGGUUUCAAACAAUUCUCUUGCCUCAGCCUCAUAAUUACGUGGAACCACAGGCCGGUGCUGUCCAGCUUCACUCGGUUUUUAGACGUAACUGCUACCUGUUUUACAGAUGUCAGAAAGCCCACAGCCCACACUGUUCUUCACAUCCAGGCCAUGUGACUUUCAAAGCUGAGCCUGGGGUUUUUUGUUUGUUUGUUUCUUUGUUUGUUUUUAAAGAUUUAUUUAUUUUACGUGAGUACACUGUUGCUCUCUUCAGACACACCAGAAGAGGGCAUUGAUGGAUUCUGUUACAGAUGGUUGUGAGCCACCAUCUGUUGCUGGGAAUUGAACUCAGGACCUCUGGAAGAACAGUUAGUGCUCUUAACCACCGAGCCAUCUCUCCAGUCCCAAGCCUGGUUUUUUUUUUUUUUUUUUUGGUUCUUUUUUUUUCGGAGCUGGGGACCGAACCCAGGGCCUUGCGCUUCCUAGGCAAGCACUCUAACCACUGAGCUAAAUCCCCAACCCCUCAAGCCUGGGUUUUUUAAACUGCCUCUUCCCCCCACACUAACUUGGAGCAGAUGUUAAGGUGGGAAGGAUGGAAAGGUGGACAGGUGGACAGAUGGAUGGAAUAAACAAAUGGUCUGUAGGUGCUCGGCAAAGCUAAAACGGAUCCCAGCCUCACCCUGGCACUGCCUCAGUUGGAGUCUCCAGGUGGUGCUACCACGGACGACAUGAAAGAGAACAAGGGUGGUCCUAGCGGAAGCCCAGGCCUGGACCCACCUGUGCCUAUUCAUCUAGCACCUUAGCAUGCAGGGCACCAAACAAAGACCAGCUAAAAACUUAGCUCGGCUGCCUACUUGGCAGGCAGUGGACUUUAGGGAAAUAUUUGACAAAUGGAUGACCCUGCUGAGGGUUCCUUCCUUUGCCUGGCGACCCGGGCGGUGUUAUCUUCCCGCUUCAGGACUUUAGAGCUGCAGGGAACACCCUGGGCGUGGCGAGGGCGGGGUCCCGGAUCAGAGGGUGGAGCCUAGAGCUGAAAUAUCCAGAGUGGGGCGGGGCCUGCGGCCCGGGGGCAGGGCCUGGAGCCCGAGGGCCGGUCGGCCUCAUAGGGCUGCCUGGCUGCUCUAGGGAGUUCGGGUACCCUAGCGCUCGAUCCAGGAGAGGCUGCGGCCGGGUUGGGGCGCGGAUGCUGGAAGUUCACAUCCCCUCGGUGGGGCCCGAGGCCGAAGGGCCCAGGCAGAGUCCAGAGAAAGGCCACAUGGUGAGCAAUGGACGAAGAGUGUUCCAAGUAGAGGUGCUGUACAGCGGACGCAGACACACGGUGCCGCGGCGCUACAGCGAGUUCCAUGCUCUACACAAGCGGAUCAAGAAACGGUACAAAGUGCCUGACUUUCCCUCAAAACGCCUGCCCAACUGGAGGACCAGAGGACUGGAACAGCGCCGGCAGGGCUUGGAGACCUACAUCCAGGGCGUCCUGUACCUGAAUCAAGAUGUGCCCAAGGAGUUACUGGAAUUCUUGAGACUUAGACAUUUCCCUACAGACUCCAAGGCCAGCAGCUGGAGCUCACAGCUGCACCACCGGCCGGUCAUUGGCUUCUGCCUGGAUCCCUACAUUCACACCCCUUCCCCAGCACCUCUCCCGGAAGUGGUGGUGGAUGGUGUACUCCAGGGUCUCUAUGGCUUCGGCACCAGCACCAGCCCGGCAGCAGCCCAGCCGGAGGCUAACUGUCAUCCUGCUCCAUCACCAAUGCCCUGACAAGCUCAGGCUUUGGGCCACCUUUCAGGACAGUUAUGUGCCUCAGUCCUAGGACUCCUAUAGGAAACUGGGUCUUCCCUUGGACUAGAUUCAGGUGUAACUUGCUGAGGCUCAGUCGUGCCCAUCCCCACUCAAAGCUCUGAACUUGGUUUGCACUGACAGCUGUAGCUGGUAGAACUCAAGACUUUUAGGCUGAGGAGAUUCAGGUGUAUUUUCUAGCCCAGCCUGACAGGUGGAAGCAGCUUAGGAUGAGGCACAGGAGCGAGCUAGCCUCUGCCUGAUGAGUGGGUGGGUGGGCAGCAUUCGUACAGGCUUAGGCAGGGACCUAAGGAAGGAGCAUAGAGUCCCCCACUGGGACACAGGACAGGUGCUAUAACACCCCAAACACAGCCCACACCUAAGUUAUAAAAAAACCCACUUCUUUAUUGAUCAGCAUUGGUAGGAGUUUUAUAUAAAAAUCAGGCCUGUGGAAUGUGAGGGGUGUGGCCACCCCGUCGGAUGGAAGCACUGGAGCCAGAGCCGCACAGAGCCUUGUGACUGGCUGCUUUCACCUGUGAGGGAAUCGACAGGACCCGCACAGACAGCUGUUUAGAGGGAUGAGGUCCCCGAGGCUCUCUCUACUCCUUGGCAAUGGCAAAGGGUUUCUCCACUUCGAUCUUGCCACAGUCUACAAUGAUCACAUCCUUCAGGGGCUUGUCCCGGCUGUCCGUCUUGGUGUUCUCCACCUUCCGUACCACAUCCUAGAGAAGAAAAGCAGGAGAGAUCGUGUCGGGGGUCACUACUGGGAGUGACUCAGGAGUGCUGAAACCCACGUGGGACGAACACAGAAGCCAAAGGAGCCAAAAGCUAAGGAACUGAGGUGAACUGAGCCAGGGUGAACACAGAGCAUGAUGCUGGAUAGUCUGAACAUCUCAUUUCAGUGAGUGACCAACAGAGGACCCUGCAGCUGGACAAACUCAACAAGGUCUUCUGGAUGGGUUGUCUGGGGCCUAGAGGGACUUAGAACCUUGGGAGCAUGGAGAUGUGGGCUAGGUAUUCUGCAUUUUGUUUUCCUGAUUGUGGUGCUGGGAAUUCUAGGUUAAGCACUCUGCUGGAGCCAGCCACAUGGACACUCUUAAACUGUGGUCUCAGGUUGUUCAGCCUAGCCCUUGACUCUGGAGUUCAAGUGAUCCUCUUGCUUCAGCCCCCUGAAAGCUAGGACCAUAGGUGUGUGCAUGGCACUCAGUCAGGCCGUUUAUUCUCAACACUUCCCCACCCCUAUGCCGGGUUAGGAACAAGUACUGGUCUGUCUGUAUUUGUGGCUUAGGUGCCUUUGGGGUAAAGAUUUCCUUCUUGAAGCCCAUGUCUGUUCCAGCUGGAUCCUUGGUAAGGACCACCAAGGUUUAACCCCCCACUUCUCAACUUACCAUGCCUUCCAGAACUUUGCCGAAAACCACGUGCUUGCCGUCUAGCCAGGAGGUCUUGACUGUAGUUAUGAAGAACUGGGAGCCAUUGGUGUCUUUGCCUGCAUUGGCCAUGCUCACCCAUCCGGGCCCAUAGUGCUUCAGCUUGAAGUUCUCAUCUGGGAAGCGCUCACCAUAGAUGCUCUUUCCUGGGAAGACCCCAAACAGGCAGAUGCUUGGGUGAAGAUCUAUAUAGGUCAGGCUGUUCUUGUAAGACUAGGCCUGAGUGGCAAAUGAGGACAUAGAAACAGUCUUCCUAUCUUCUACCCAAGCCCUCCGGACCAAGACCAUCUGGGUACGAGGACAGGUUGAAGGAGAUGCCUUGCUGCGUACAGGAUGCUGGCGGCGUGCGUGCGUGCAUGUGUGUGGGUGUGGGGGGGCAGGGGGGGUGCAGGAUUACCUUCCAAGGAUUACAAGUGCAGCGGGGUUGGUUGGGGGAGGAGAAAAUAGGAAACAGAACUCCUAUUAAGAGCCUCUUACCAAGGAACAUGAAAUAAAAGAUGCUCAUGAACA